ACUUUCUCUUUAAAUGCAAAUUACCUCCUGCUAGCUCUACAUCCAUCUGCUCAGUUCCCUAGGAGGAGAUUGCUGAGGGCGGAGGGAACGGCACGGAAACCCCACUCCAGACCCCACACCUCCAGUGGGACCUGAGGUCCAGCCGGGAUCCAAUGGAGGACAAGAAGAAGAAAAGGAGUCCCAAGCCCUGCCUGACCCAGCCAGCCCAGGCCCCUGGCACAUUACGAAGGGUCCCCGUGCCCACCAGCCACAGCGGCUCCUUGGCCCUGGGACUCCCUCAUCUGCCGUCCCCCAAGCAGCGGGCCAAGUUCAAGAGGGUAGGCAAGGAGAAAUGUCGCCCCGUGCUGGCCGGAAGUGGGGGCGGCUCUGCAGGCACGCCCCUGCAGCACUCCUUUCUGACCGAGGUGACCGACGUCUAUGAGAUGGAGGGGGGACUGCUGAACCUGCUCAAUGAUUUUCACUCAGGCCGGCUGCAGGCCUUUGGGAAGGAAUGCUCCUUUGAGCAGCUGGAGCACGUGCGGGAGAUGCAGGAGAAGCUGGCCCGGUUGCACUUCAGCCUGGACGUGUGUGGGGAGGAGGAGGAGGAGGAGGAGGAAGAGGACGGGGUCACUGAGGGGCUGCCUGAGGAGCAGAAGAAGACGAUGGCUGACCGCAACCUGGACCAGCUGCUUAGCAAUCUGGAAGAUCUUAGUAAUUCUAUACAGAAGCUGCACCUGGCCGAGAACGCCGAACCCGAGGAGCAGUCAGCUGUAUAGGUGUCGGACCCAUGCCCAGACUGCUCCUCCCAUCCCCUUCAAACUGUGACUUUUUACGGACUCGAUCGGGUAUUCCACGGCCCCCCCAGGUGCUACGGGGGAGGG